AUGGCAGAAUCGUCACAUUUUAUAUCUAAGCGUACGACUCAUGGUCGCAAGGAAGAAAAACCGCUGAAGUACGACGAGGUGGGUGGAGGUCCGAAAAAAGCGCAAUCACGUGGAAAGUUGUUCAACAGAUUUCGAGAAUUAAAUGAUGCACAGUUAAACCAUGGUGAGGUCGGUGGGCGUCGGGCGAAAAGAGGUUCUCAUGUCCCUGUGUUCGACGAUGAAGAAGAGGUAGACCAUGGUCAAGUUGGAGAUCCAGCUAACGUGUCGAUCAAUCAAAAUUGGGUAGCCGGCUCAAUGUCUCUAGUUUCACCCAAAGCGCCUACAGUGGUUCUGUUUGAGGGAGACCAAACAUUCCAUAGUUUUGGCUACGAGGCUGAAAAUAAUUACUCUGAGCUGGCUUUAGAUGGUGAACACAUGGAUUAUUUUUUCUUCAAACGGUUUAAAAUGAGGCUUCGUGGAAAAAAGUUGCUUGAAAAUCGUCGUACUGGAGUUGACAAUAAAGACAUCCACUGGGUCCUCACAGUUCCAGCCAUCUGGUCUGAUGCGGCAAAACAGCUCAUGCGAGAAGCUGCACAAAAGGCAGGUAUAGAUGGAGGACAGUUGUCGAUAGCGCUGGAACCAGAGGCAGCCUCCAUGUACUGUCAGCUGAUCCCCACUAACAAGAUGCAAGGUUGUGAGGGCGCCAAGUUUCAAGUGGCCUUAGCUGGCACCAAAUAUAUGGUGAUUGAUCUUGGAGGUGGCACGGCUGACAUAAUUGUUUAUCAGAGAAUGCAGGACGGAGGGCUCAAGGAACUACAUACAGCUAGCGGUGGUGCUUGGGGCGGUACAACAGUAGACGAUGGAUUUUACAAUAUGAUUAUCAAGAUUAUAGGUGGACCAGUUUGGUCCAAAUUCAAGGACAAGAAAGCGGGCACGGCUGAUUACCAUGACUUGCAGAGGGAACUUGAAACCAAAAAACGCACAAUCACCCCUGAAUCCACUGGGAAAAUAUCAAUUAAAGUGCCUGUAACAAUUGUGCAGACAUAUGAAAAGGAAUCUGGAGAAACUAUUGAUGAAGCUAUAGAUGGAUCAGAUUACAAUGGAAAAAUUAAAUGGUUCAUUGACAAAAUCAGGAUCGAUGCAAAAGUGUUUCAGGACCUUUUUAAGCCAUGCACAGAUAAAAUUGUAGCCCACAUCAAAAGUCUUUUUCAAGACCCACAAGUCAAAGAUACGAAAAUAUUUCUUAUGGUAGGUGGAUUGUCCGAGAGUGCCAUGGUGCAAAAUGCUGUGAAGAAGGCAUUUCCAGAUUGCAAAGUAAUCAUUCCAGAUGAGGCUGGUCUUUGCAUUUUAAAGGGAGCAGUUAUUUUCGGUCAUAAACUUGUUUAUACAUAG